GAGGGCCAUUGGUCGAGACUGGGACAGAAUCCGGACCCGUGGCGGGGCGCUCCUAGCCGAACCCCGCCAGUCUCGAAGCUUUCCUAGCACGACCAGGCAGCUCCAGAGCUUGCGUCGACAGCAUUCUGCAAACAUCAUCCACCAGCUCACUACUGUCGAAUCCACGGGCUUUCCCACAAGCUUGCAGGAGAAUUCAAAUCAACCAUCACCACAACGAGCAACACCUCACCGAAUCACCAGUAAAAGUCCUCCCGGUGAACAUUGAACCGCCCCUCCCUCCACCACUCAACUCGCACCAAAGCAUCCAACAAACACACCCACCCAUCAAAAAGAAUUCAGAAAACAUGUCCGCCGACUCGCUUCCAAUAACCCCCACCCGCUUCGCAGCCGCCCUCAGAGACCUCCCCGUCUCCUCGCUCCACCUCAAAGUCCUCGAGCUGCGCAACAGCAUCGCCCACCUCGACUACUCCAACGAGCAGCUGCGCCCCUUCGCCGAGGGCACCGCGACCGCGCUUUCCCCCAACACACAACAACAAGCACAAGGAGGAGCGCAACAACCACAACCACAACCAGACCAGGACUGCGUCGACGCGAUAAAAGAGAACGAGCAAGUCAUUGAGCGCAUGCAGGAGCGCAUCAGGCUGGUACGCCACGAGGUCGAGAGCCGGGGCCUGAGCUGGACCGAGUUUCAGAGUCAGGCGGAGCGGGAGGAGGCGGAACAAGAGCAAGCGGAGAACAGCAACAUCAACAAUAACGAGCAUGGCCGCCAACAGACGUCAGCAUCAUCGGGAGAGGAUAGUGGUAGUAACAUGGUGGAUGGCGACGUCGUCAAUGGGGCCAUCACAGCCACGGCCGUGAACGGCGAGCCUGUUCAGCGGCGGCAUCAUUCGGCCUGGUCGGACGGGACGUUCCAGACAGGUGUGCUUCGAAACGGGGUGGUGCACUUGGAUGGCGUGGCUGGGUCGCGACAGCCUGCCGCAGGUCGGGGACAGGGCGGGUCACUUACGGAUGAGGAGCUGAGGCGGAGGAUGGAGGAGCAGUUGCGGGAUUUGGGAGAAGACGAGGAGGAGGAUGGGGAGGGUGGGUUGCAUCUGUGAGGGUGGUGUUGCAGCUGUUCAGUUAAGGUUAUGUCACAGUCCAUAGCGUUUAUGAUCUGGAGGAGGGCCAUAGGUUAUGCUUUCGUUGCAAACCAGAAGUUAGCAUGGCCGGCACAAGUUUCACAGAAUACCGAGUUACGGCCAAGGGAUUGUCAUGAGCAAUUUGGUUGUAUUGGUUUGCGAUGGUGAUGGUGAUAGGUACUCCGGUUGUAUAGCGAUACAUACUGGAGCGAAUGACGACGAGGAACAAAGGAACUCGGUGAAAGCAGAAAUAUGCCAUGCUGUUGGUAAAACCCCCUUUUG